UAGGAACUGUGCACAAACACACACACACACACAUAAAUACACACACUCACUCACACACACACACACGCGGGGAUCCAGGGACGGCAGCCCCCUUGCACUGGGAUCUAGAGCCACAGCGCGAAAGAGAGUUGGAGGAAAAUAUUCAUCUAACGCAACAAAAUGGCAGACAAAAUUAAAGAUGCAAAGAUCAUCUUUGUUGUGGGUGGGCCGGGCUCUGGAAAGGGCACCCAGUGUGAGAAGGUAGUGGCGAAGUACGGCUACACCCACCUGUCCUCCGGGGAUCUGCUCCGCGCUGAGGUGGCUUCUGGCUCUGAGAGGGGCAAGCAGCUCCAGGCCAUCAUGCAGAAGGGAGAGCUGGUGCCCCUGGACACGGUCUUGGACAUGAUUAAGGAUGCCAUGAUCGCCAAGGCUGAUGUGUCCAAGGGUUACCUUAUUGAUGGCUACCCCCGUGAGGUGAAGCAGGGCGAGGAGUUCGAGAAGAAGAUCGGCAAACCCUGCCUGCUGCUGUACGUGGAUGCCAAAGGAGAGACGAUGGUCAAGAGGCUGAUGAAGCGCGGCGAGACCAGCGGCCGUUCUGAUGACAACGAGGAGACCAUCAAGAAGCGCCUGGACUUGUACUACAAAGCAACGGAGCCGGUCAUCACCUUCUACGAGAGCCGCGGCAUCGUCAGGAAGGUUGACUCUGAGCUGCCAGUGGAUGAGGUCUUCAACCAAGUGUCCAAGGCCAUUGAUGCACUCUAGUAAAGCAACAUAACUAUGAGUUUGAUUGUUGUUUUAUUUUAUCAGGAGAAAUUUCACAAGGACAUAACAUGCACAUGAAUACCAUACCCUCAUCACUUCUUCCUGGAAAAAAAGAAAGAGAGAAUAAAACUGAAGGUCGUUAAAGAUCAACAUGCCUUAACUGGGCUCCGACUCUAGCAGGAGGACUCUACACAUUGUAGGAAUUGAUCUGCCUGAAGCAGCAUCGGGAAAUCCAUUUGUGUCUUUCUAUAAGUAUUGAUAAGUAUUGAUUCUGUUCUGUGCUAAACGCGUACGUGGAUGCAUCCAAGUGACAUGUAUACAGGAGGUGUCGGCCAUCUCUUCACCUUCGACCAUCUCCUCAUCUCGCUCUGGGGAAAACCUGCACUCUUAUUUCCCACUUUAACCCUAUAGGAGAUAUAGAUAAACAAUACAGCCCUUUAUAAUUGUGCCAUUCAACAUUAGUAGAGAUCCCCCACUGUGGUCAAACUGUAUACAUGUACAUUCACACAACUUUCAAAUGACUCAUCAAAAUCAUACAUCAUUUUCUAUUAAUUCAUUUAUAACUAUAUUUAAAGCACAGAAAUAUAUAUAUUUUUUCCAUCAAGAUGCACUCAUGAAACAUGGUGGUGUAUAAAGUGGUGUAUGUAAAAAAAGUAAAAAAGAAAAUUAAAGUAUAUGGAAAAAACUGGUA